AUGGGAAACUGCAGCUGCCUGGAGAGGGUGAGGGUGAUGGCGUGGGACGACGUCGACGAUGACUGGGGCCUGUCGGCCGAGCGCUUCGCCGGCAGGGCAGCACCAGCACGAGGGGUGGCGUCAGCGGAGAACGGCGGAGGCACGCGCGUCAAGAUCAGAAUGACCAAGGGCCAGCUGCGGCGGCUGCUGGAGAGCGCCGGUCGCCGAGGGGCGCCUGACGAAGACGUCGUGGCGGAGAUCAUGAGCAUGGGCACCGUGCACGUCGACGUCGUCGCUGACUUCCGGCAUGCGGCGGAGUCGGAGAGGCACCGGCGGCCACCCAAGCCCAAGCUCGAGACGAUACAGGAAGACGACUUGGAUGAGUAG